AUGGCAUUUUGCACCGCCAACGAAAGCAGUAUCCACGAUUGCGAGGCUGCCGCUCACAAAGCAACUAGCAGCUGGUUCGAUACUGUGGAUCGCAACGCACUCCCUCCAAUCUUCCCGCUGGUCCCGCUGGAACCUCCGUGUUCAGCCGAAAGGCUAUGGAACGCGCUCAAGAAAGUAAAUGAGGUCUGGAAACAACUAAUGCCAUCCGAGGACUUUGUCAACGAACGAAUGCACCAGAUCGUCACAGCGAAGGAAGUCUUUUACAGCCAAAUGCUCGUCUUCCGCGUCUGGCAGCUGCCAUCGCCGCAGACUGGCGUAGCGAAGGCCUCCGCACAGAUGAUCCACCUAUACUCACAAGCAAUCCGGCAGAUCAAUGACAAGUUGAGUCAAGAUGCAGAGGUGGCAUGCAGCGACUCGAUGAUAUUGGCCGUGAUGUACCUCUACUUCGUGUCAACCCACCCGCUCGACCUCUUCGCGAAGAACGGAGCAGCAGCACCGAGCGCUUCUCGAAGAAAUACUCGGCCGGAUGUUCACCAAGGGCCGUUGAACGACCUGAGGGCACUUCGACUUGGUGGUGGGCAUGUCGAUGCUGGCAACGAGCAUCGAAAGGGGCUGGAGAGGAUGAUCGAGCUUCGCGGCGGUGUCAAAGCGAUCCGUGCCCCCGGCAUUGCCCAGAGCUACUGCUACGGCGACACAACGGUCUCUUCUGGCCUAUUGCGUGUUCCUCGUUCUGACUUCGUUCCAUUCCUGGAUCCUGAUUACUUAUGGAAUAGUCUCGCGGAGGGCCGUCGACCAGAUCACCCGCUGAAGUCAAUGGGCACUGCAUUCACUGAAGCACUUGCUCAUCAACAGACCAACCCAAGCAAGAUUCUUACUGAGGUCAGCAAGUCACUCGAGAAUCUGGUAUUGUAUUCCCUGCAAGCCGACGACUACGUGGCCGGCAAACGCACCGCGCCAACGCUCGACGUGAUGGCUGACCAGCGAAACAUGAUUCAGCACAGACUCAUGAGCCUCAUGCACAUACAUGACACUCCAGAAAGCACAUCACCACUCAUCAGGCUCUGCCAUCUGGCUAGCUUGGUGUACAGCUUCCUCUGUGUGUUUCCGGUUGGCCAUGCUCCAUUCCGGGCACUUGUCUUCCGCAUUAGAUCUGUGAUAACUGAGGCAGUCGGAAGAGCCACAUGCCCAACAGCAAGACAGUACCUAGUGCUGUGGGCUUUGUGCCUGACGGGCAUUGUGGUUGAGCCUGGGACCGGAAGUAGCACGUGGGCCCUCACUAUGUUGGACGAAUACUUGGAGCGCCUCGAGAUCAUCAGCUGGAAAGCAUUUAGAGAUGCGAUGUUGGGAUUCUUAUGGCUUCCGAUCACCAACGAUCAAGAUGGCAUCCAUCAGACAAACUAUCCACAGAUCAGCUACCAUUCCGAUAACAGACACAACAACUUUCAUCAUUUCAAUCAGCAAGAUCCAACCACCGAAAUGAAAGCCUGGACAUUUUCUCGGCGAGGUCACCCUCUCACCACCCUUGAACUCACCACAGUCCCCACCCCAGAAGUGUUAUCAUUAAAGGACGAUGAAGUCCUCGUGAAAGUCUCGCACGCCUCACUGAAUCUCUUCAGCUCGCUUCUCGCCUGGGUCGUGCCUUCAUUCGUCCGGACAAAGCCCUCAGUCCUCGAAACCGAUUUCUCAGGUCGAAUUGUUGGCGUUGGCAAAUCCAUCAACCAUGUCAGCGUUGGCGACGACGUCUUCGGCGUGCUACAAGGCGGUCACCACAUCAAGCAGGGUCGCGGCGCAAUAGCAGAGUAUGUCAUCGCCUCGAGAGACGAAGUCGUGGCCAAGCCAAGCAACAUUUCCUUCGCUGAAGCCGCUGGUCUAGGCACAGUCGGCGUGACUGGGUUCUUCAUGGCAAGCAAGUCCGGGCUGAAGACCGGCGACCGUGUCUUUGUCAAUGGUGGCAGUGGCGGUGCCGGGCUCUCGGUCCUGCAGGCCGUGCGCGAGCUCGUCGGCCCCGAAGGCACGAUCGUCACUACCUGCUCCGCCAAGAACACCGACCUCGUCAAGACCUUCGGCGCGGACGAAGUCAUCGACUAUACACAACAUGCCGACCUGCCUACAUACCUGAAACAGCAAUACAGCAGCAAGCCCUUCGACGCCAUUCUCGACACAGUCGGCACAGGACAAAGCCAAGCAAUCUACAACAACUCACCCGCCUACCUCGCCCAAGGCAAACCCUACCUGACAAUCGGCUCACCCAUGGGCGAUGGCUUGACUGUCACGAAUCUGCUGAAGAACAUCUCAAACCUGCUUCAAAACAACGCCUGGCCACGUGUCCUUGGCGGAACGCCGCGAUACUGGGAGUUUGUGGACUCGUCGGGUGCUGGACCGGAGGUGUUGAAGCGGUUGAGUGCUGCGAUUGCGGAUGGGAAGCACAGGGGGCAGAUUGAUCAGGGUGGGAAGGUGUGGGCGUUUGAGGAUGCGAAGAAGGCGUUGGAGAGGUUGGUGAGUCGGAGGGCGCAGGGGAAGGUUGUUGUUAAGGUGCAGGAAUUGUGA